AUGAUCACAAGUAUACAACACAAGAACCUUGUUAGACUUCUUGGGUGCUGCUCUCAAGGGCCUCAAAGACUACUCGUGUAUGAAUACAUGAAGAACAGGAGUUUAGACCACAUUAUUUAUGGCAAAAGUGAUCAAUAUCUUAAUUGGAACACUCGUUUCCAAAUAAUACUGGGCAUUGCUAGAGGAUUACAGUAUCUACAUGAGGACUCACAUCUUCGUAUUGUUCAUAGAGAUAUUAAAGCUAACAUUCUUCUUGAUGACAAAUUUCAACCAAGAAUUGGAGAUUUUGGAUUGGCCAGAUUCUUCCCUGAGGAUCAAGCUUAUCUUAGCACAACUUUUGCUGGAACACUAGGCUAUACAGCCCCUGAAUAUGCAAUUAGAGGAGAAUUGUCUGAAAAAGCUGACAUUUACAGUUUUGGAGUUCUUGUGCUUGAAAUCAUUAGCUGCAGGAAAAAUACAGAUCUUACACUAACAUCAGAAAUGCAAUACCUCCCGGAAUAUGCAUGGAAGCUACACGAGAGGUCAAAGAUGAUUGAUCUAGUGGAUCCAAGAAUAAGAAAUGCUGGUUUUAUAGAGAAAGAUGUUAUGCAAACAAUUCAUGUAGCUUUACUUUGCCUUCAAGCUCAUGCAAACACAAGGCCACCCAUGUCAGAAAUUGUAGCCAUGCUGACAUGGAAGGUCGAAAUGGUCAAAUCACCAUCAAAACCGACCUUUUUAGAUCGAAGACACAGAUGGAAAAAUGAAAAUACUUCAUGGGAAACUGUUUCAGCUGAAUUCCCUUCACCUUCAUUGACUCCUCCUCCAAAUUCAAGAGAUUAUAAUGCCAGCCAAAGCUUCUCAGGACCAAUGGUGAAAGUUUAG